AAAGAGGGUGUAUGUUAGAGACAGGGAAAAGGAGAGAGGAGGAGGAAUGCAACAGGCUGAGCUCCGUCGUCGCUGUGAGGCGGACUUUUGACUGACAAACGCAACUUCUCUACGCCUCAACUCACUUCUCCUGAUUUAAACUCACCAACCUCCACUCUGUGCGGCGUUCACGUCCCACGUCUGUCUUGACCUGGACAGGACACAUUUUCUAGGCUCCCCGCAGGCCUCUUCCUCUUCAGGUCAUCUUUUCUUCUUUCUGGCCCAGCAGAAGAGCAGCAGAGCGGUGCUGGAUGGCAGGACGCUAUUUCAAGCUCACCGCUGGACCCUGACAAAGAAGCAGGACGAGGAAGCAGAAGGAAAUUCAGAGAAACGUCCGCUAAAUAUCCAGCAGCGCUUCUCGCGAUGGCCACAAACAGAGAGCACCAAAUGCGUCACAUGGCGGGAUUCGCUCGUGCCAUGUACCCGUUCACCUUUAACUCCAUGAGGAGCCACUCCCCCUUCGACCUGCUGGCCAGCAGCCACCUAUUUGGCCGCUUCGGAGCAGACCUACCCAAAGAGAUGGCUGCACUGUCGGUGGAGACCCAGAGCACCAGUUCCGAGGAGAUGGUGCCCAGCUCGCCCUCCCCUCCUCCUCCCCCCCGGGUCUACAAGCCCUGCUUUGUGUGCCAGGACAAGUCAUCUGGUUACCACUACGGAGUGAGCUCCUGUGAGGGCUGCAAGGGCUUUUUUCGACGCAGCAUCCAAAAGAACAUGGUGUACACCUGCCAUCGAGACAAGAACUGCCAGAUUAACAAAGUGACACGAAACCGCUGCCAGUACUGCCGGCUGCAGAAGUGCUUCGAGGUCGGCAUGUCCAAAGAAGCGGUGCGAAACGACAGGAACAAGAAGAAGAAGGAUGUGAAGGAGGAGGUGGUGCUGCCAGAAAACUACGAGCUCAGUGGAGAACUGGAGGAGCUGGUUAACAAAGUCAGCAAAGCUCACAAAGAGACCUUCCCAUCUCUGUGCCAACUAGGAAAAUACACCACAAACUCGAGUGCCGACCACAGAGUACAGCUGGAUUUGGGCCUGUGGGAUAAGUUCAGUGAGCUUUCCACUAAGUGCAUUAUAAAGAUUGUGGAGUUUGCCAAGCGGCUACCAGGCUUCACCACGCUCACCAUCGCUGACCAGAUCACCCUCCUCAAAUCUGCAUGUCUGGACAUCCUGAUGCUGAGGAUAUGUACCCGUUACACCCCGGAACAGGACACCAUGACGUUCUCAGAUGGUCUGACGCUCAACAGGACCCAGAUGCACAACGCUGGCUUCGGCCCGCUCACAGAUCUGGUGUUUGCCUUCGCCGGUCAGCUUCUGCCUUUGGAGAUGGACGACACGGAGACGGGACUCCUCAGUGCAAUUUGUCUCAUUUGUGGAGACCGAAUGGACUUGGAGGAGCCAGAGAAGGUAGACAAGCUUCAGGAGCCGCUCCUGGAGGCGCUGAAGAUCUACACCCGCCGCAGGCGUCCCAACAAGCCUCACAUGUUCCCCCGCAUGCUGAUGAAAGUCACCGACCUCAGAGGGAUCAGCACCAAAGGUGCAGAACGAGCCAUCACCCUGAAGAUGGAGAUCCCCGGCCCCAUGCCGCCUCUGAUCAGGGAGAUGCUGGAGAACCCAGACAUGUUCGAGGACAGCAGCGACUCCAGCGACAGCGCCGCGGCCGCUCCCCCCGCCGUUCAGGCCAUCAAGCAGGAGGAGAAGUCCCCGUACGAGUCAGCCUUCGAGGAGGAGGAGGAGGAAGAGGAAGAUGACUACUGGGACGAGGAGAAAGAGUGGGGGGCGGACAGUGACGGCGAGCUCUGGGGGGAGGCGGCAGGGAGCACGCAAAAGAAAGCAGGGAAAACGCCGUGAAGGAGACGGGGAGGCCGCUGCCUCACCGAGCAAAACUACAAACACACCUGCAGAUUCAGGCUCUCUGACACCGAUAACUAGUUUUUUAUUUCCAACAUUCUGACUGUACGGGGCUGAGUCCAGAACGAGAAGCAAAGAAGUGAAGAAGAAUUACAUUUCAGUGGAUUCAUGAGGGCACCGGUGAAAAGGUUUAAAGAUGUUACAAAGUUGUCGCCACAAAGAGGAAAAAGCAAAAAUGCACUCCUGCGAUGUCUGUUAAGGAUUAAGGGCUAUGCUUUGUAUAAAAUGGAUGGUUAAAAAAAAAAUUAUUUGCAACAACCGAACUUACAUUUUUUUGUGGCGUCCUUGUGGCACCACAAAUGAUCUGUAUUACUUUUCCGAAAUAUGCAACCUAUUUUUUUCAUUCUAUGUUUUUUUUUAAUUAUUUCUAAGCAUGUAACACACUAUCAACUUUAUGCCUCUUUGUUGGAUCUUUUGUAUAUAUUUCCACUCAGCCUUGCUCACAUUGGACUUGAUUACUUUGAACAACGUAUGCUUUAAGUAGACAAAGUGAGAGACAAGGAGUCAUGAGCAGGACUCAAACUCAUUGUGGAUGUCACGUAAUACGCAAACGAAAUCUUUUGCUUUAUGAAAUUAGCUGAUAGGUAUUGUAAUUCUGGUGCGUAAGAGCCAAAUAAGAAGAAACACCGACAUGUCUCCACCUCUUGACCAAAAUACUCAUGUUUAGUGACACCUAUCUGCCAAAAAAAAAAAAA